UCGAGUUCGCCAUUUUAUAGUUGUCGGAUCUUUGGUUUGAAAAUCACAGAUAUCUUGCUAAUAUUUAUGGAAAAUUCAGUUUGAAUCAAGACGAAGACGAAUCGUGGUCAUCGUUGGAGUAUCGAGAGCUUCUUUGAGAAGUUUUUCCCUCUCUUUGGUAAAGAAAAGUUGUAUUUUUUCGCUCGGUGUUUAGAUGUGACGUGAUUAUAUUUGURUGUUGUGGAUUUCGACAAUGGAAUCAACUUAUUCCGAGCUUCUUUCCUCACUUWUUUACCAAGUGAUAGUGAUAUAUUAUCAUUCAUUCUUCCCGACGUAAAAGUGGUCUUAUCCUUGUUUGUGACUCAGCAAAAAUGAGGAGACGCGCUUUUCUACUCUGUAGUCCGUUCGUUCAAGAUUCGUUCUCGACCGAGCGAGUGGUUUGAGCUAGUURUGCUUGUUUUUUGACAUCAACGGGUAGUUUAUAAUUUAAAGCGUAUCUCAAUAUMUUUUUGUCACGAAAUUAUGCCUCAAGGUCGUUUUGUUUUCAGAAGUAAGGCUAGGCAUCCUUGCACUUGAUACACACUUGGUAGUCCUCUCUUUUCUUGAUUUCUUAAGACUUAUUAUAUUCCUUUUUUUUCGUGCAUGUCUGUUUUAUUAGACCUGUAACUUGGAUUUGUUCCUGAUGUUGUCGCAGUAUUAACRUUCAUUUUCAGAUUUUUGAAAAAUUCUGCCGUGUAUGUUGUUGUUUAGGAAUGGAUUGAUGUAAUGUUUUGUGCUGUGUUUGCUGKUUUUACUAACUCCAUAUUUUUCCACCAAUGUGUGUACAUAAGUUGGUUUAAGUUAAAUGGAUGGUUUAAUGUAGGUUCAGAGAUUCCAUCCUACUCCUCCAUUCGUACUUCCUUUCAAAUAUUGUCUCUUUCACAGCCCCAAGCAAUUUCUUAAAAAGUAGCUGAUCUUUUGUAUUGAUCCAAAACAGAUGAUGAGUUUGCAGUAAUAGAAACCUUUAUGUAAUGCUCCUAAAUCUAUUAUUGCAAGUUCACUGAAUGUCUUGCUUUGAUUCAAAGGCAAAGCUACCUUUUGAAAAUGGCACAGUAUGAUAUUGUUAAUUGGCGUAAAAACCCUUCAAUGAUGAAUUAAUGUUAAUCCUUUUAUUUUAUUAUUGUAAUUAUGUCUUGCUUUCUUUGAUCCCUGAUUAACUAGUUUAAGCCAGUAUUGUACUGAMGUUUUGGGUUUGGAAUGUUAGAGGAAGGGAAAGGUUAUUUUUAGGUUAAGAGUGUUAGAGAAGAGAUCUUUUUAUUGAUUUAAUUGUGGCCUAAUCAUCACACAAUAAUCCUUURCAUGUACACCAAUAUGUUUCAUUACUACCAUAAAUAUGUCUAAAAUCACAUAAAAAUCACAACAUGGUUAUGCACUACUUGCAGUUCUGAAUAUAUCGAUACAGAACUUUGUUUUAAGAAUCCCUUUUUAAGGAAACCUUGAUGAAACUGCCAAUGAUAAUUKUAAUAAGCAGCACUUAAUUCACAAAAAGUAAUGUGUGUGGUGUGUUUGUUUGUGUGGAAGUGAUUAAAUGGAAGAUGUUUGUUGCCAAAUGUAUCAAGAAUUUUACUAUUGUACAUGUAUGAUAUUGUCUAUAGAUUUAACAAUAUACAGGUUGAAUACUGCAAUACACUACAAUUUGUAACAAUUACUUCACAAAGUCAUAAAUAAGGUGUUAUCCAGGAAAGUUUUAAUAAGUUUUAAAAAACUACUAGAUUUUCAUGUUGACAGUCUUAUCAGUAUAAAUUUGGAAUAAAAAGCACUGCAUUUAAGGGUUAUCAACGAUGGUCCAUUAUAUAUUAACAACCAAUCAAGACUAUUAAUAAGAUUAUGUCGAAGUGUGAUCUGUCAACACGCUUACCCUCUACUAUAAGUAAGUUGGAUAUUUGGUUCUGUGAUGAGACUUGGUGAGGUACUUGUUUCACUAUAAAAAUAACAAUAUUCCCCUUUGCAUGGUCCAGCCAGUUUCUUGGAGUCAGUAAUCUUGAAAUAGAGUAACUGACUAGAGCAAACAUUUUUAUUUUCGGUUACAAUGCAAUUUUGUUCAUGUGAUUAAUCAAGAGAAAGUAUGUGUUGUUUACAGACCUAUAUUUUACAACCACUGCUGGACUUUGGUUUUCUAAGUUUGAUUUGUCAAUCAUCCUAACAACCAAUCACUUGGUGUUUGUGUGAGUUGUCAAUCAUCUGAACAGCCAAUUAUUUGGCUGUUUGGAUGAYCUGCCCAUCACAUAAACAACYAAUUGGGUGUUUGGGUKAUCUGUCAAUCAUGUGAAGACCCAAUCAUUUCAGUGUUGUAUGAUCUAUAAAUAAUGUCAGUAGUCGGCGUGGUUUUGCAUACAUGUAUAUGCAUGGAAUUAUUUGGGAUAACAACAGCAAUAUGAUAACAUCUACAGAUAUAAUUAUGAUAUCAGUGUCCUGCUAUUCUAUAGAGUUGUAGGUUUGAAGCAUCUUCAUGUAUCAAAUAAUAUCUUGCUAUAGAAAUCAGUAUAUUCUAUAUUCCUAUGAUUGUCUUGAUUGCAAUGGACUUAUAAGAAAAGUAUAGCAAUAAGACAAGUGCUUGCUGAUCCUGAGACCAUCUCUGCAAGGAUUUGUGGCAAUUUCCCUGUAUUCUAUCAGUUAGGACGGACGUGAAAACCAAGUACGCAGCUGCUGUUAACAAGAAACAACUUGAACUUGAUUUAUUAUCUGACUAUUCUACUGUACACAAACCCUGUUAUAUUGCACAAGGUCUUCAUGGAUAUCUAAUAUUGUUGUGUGUGUCUUGUUGGAGCUGUUUAUUUGGUUAUUUCUGUUGGAUUAAUCCUGCAGUUCUUACUUCAGGACCAUAAUAUAAAGCUCCUUGUCCAGCCAUGGCACAAACUGGAGAUGACUGUUACUUCUACUACUAYUCAACUUGUGCAAAGGGUGAUACAUGUCCAUUCAGACACCAACCUGCAGCAAAAGGMUGUGAGAUAACAUGCAAUCUAUGGGAGAGAGGAACAUGUUUUAAGAAAGUCUGUACUUUUAGRCAUAUGGUCAUAGAGAAGGAUAGGAGUACCAUUCCUUGUCUCUGGGAAUCUCAGCCAUCAGGCUGUAUGAAGCCAUACUGUCCAUUCAUGCAUACAAAGCCAAAGAACACAACAGUACAGAGUAUACCAACGCUAGGUGCUCCUCGUCACCCUGGCAAUCCAGGCAGAGGGGGGCCUGGGCCAAGGCCUCUUAUGUAUAAUAGCCCACCAAGACCUGCUAUGCCACCUACUCAAAGACCAUAUAUGACUGGGCCACAACCAAUGCAGCAAAGACCCAUGGGAUAUGAUGGUUUUAUUCCUCACAGUCGGCCAUCGCAUCCAAUGAUGUACCAAAUGCACCAUAACACCCAGUCACACAUGGGAGGACUACCAUAUCCUGGAAUGAUGAUGCCAAACAUGAUGGCUGCCCACCCUAGAGAUUAUAUGAUGCCACCAAGACCAGCUGAUGAUUAUGAUGACAGUGAYGAUGAUUAUACAUCUUCAGACUAUUCUGAUGUUUCUAUAAGCGAUGAUGAGAGAAGAGGCAGAUCAAGAGAGUCAUCACGUAGAAGAGUACAAAGUCCACGGCAGACGUCCAGUAGAAGAGAAGUGAAACAAAGAAGUGACAAGAGAACAGARUCAAGAUCAUCUAGAGAAAGUUAUAAUGAUAGAAAGAGCACCAGACGUAGAUAUGAAAGUGAUAAAGACAAAAAUAAAAAAGAUUCAGAGAGAACUAGAACUAAACCCAGAAAAGAAAGUGAAAACAAAGAAUCUAGUACAUGUAGCUCAGAGAGGAAAAAAUCUGAAAGUUCUGAUGAAAAACCCAAAUCUGAGACAGAAGAGAAUAAAUCAGACAUAAAAAUUAAAACUUUAGAGGAGAUACUCAGAGAAAAAGCGCUAAAAAACCUYCAUGAAAGAACUGCACUUAAGAAAAAAGCACAGAUGGAGGCUGAUAAGGCUAAGAAGGAAGGUAGCGAUGACUCUCCUGAGCCCAUUCUUAAAAGUGUGGUGUCUGUAAGCAAAGCUGAGUCAACCUCUUCUCAAAAAGUCUCAGAGUCAAGAGAUCCUGAUCCAGAAGUUGAGUUUAUCCGUGAAAAGAAAGUCAAAAGCCCUAAAACCAUCAUUCUUGAUAUCAUUGACCCAGARCACGAGUCUUCAUCUUCAAAGACGUUACGACAAGUCAAAGUCCAAGAAGACAAAAAAGAAGAAACUYYAACAGAAAAAGAAGAAAAACCAUYAGAMGAGAAAGAUUCAAAACCARCUCCAUCUUUAACAAAUAUAAAAGUCAAAACAUUUGAGGAAAUUAUGGAAGAAAAGAGGCAAAGAAAGGCGCAGGAAAGUAAAGAAGUKGUYGAAGAGAGUCAAGAAGAACUUACUGAACCUCAAAGAACUGGUCUAGAUAGUAAACUGUCAAGAAAGAUAAUAGUAGUGAAAAAAGAUGAAAACAAGAAAGAAUCUAAUCCUAAACUAGUGGUUAAGAGAAAGGUGCUAACAACAGCAAAGAAAGGUAUUGCUAGUGGUGUUGAUGUUGAAACUAAAGAAAAAGAAGACAAGAAACCAAAAAAGAAAACUUCUGAGAAAGAGAGGCCAAGUAACAUAGUAAUCAAGUCCUUUGAUGAGAUCAUGAGAGAAAAAAGACAACGAAAACAAGAAAAGAUCCAACCAGCACAACAAACCACACAGGAAAUAAAACCACAGACCCAAACAACACAAUAUACCACCCAGGAAAUAACACCAACCACAACUACAACCACCACAACAGUAAAAAGACCAACAAUUAUCAGAAGUAAACAGAUAUCAACCACCAAUCCAAGGAGUUUUAAAACAAGGAAACUAAAAGUGAUUGGACGUCAAGGUGCAUCAUCAAGCAACAAACCUAGUGAGAGUGUUUCAGAGCCUGCAUCACCCAGCAAGUCCAGUCCUCAGUCACCUACUUCACCUAAAAAGACAGAUCUGGGAUCAUUGCCUUCUAGUUGUUCAGCACCACAGUCCCCUACUUCACCAACAGAUUUAGUCCCUUCAUUGACUUCACAGAAACCUCUGUCAUCUCAUAGCGGUAAUGAUAGUGAUGAUGAUGAUAGCUGGGAAAAUGAAGAUCUGCCUGCUGUCCCCCUUGAAACACCAACCUUAGAAGGACCAGCAAGAAUACCAGGAAUACCUACUGAUGAUACCUCAGUACUUAUUAUUCCUGGUAAAGUUGUACAACCAGGCAGCAGUGUCUCACCCACUAAGCGACCAAGGUCCAGUUUGGARGAGUUAUUUGGAGUUCCAUGUGACAAUACUGAUACUAAACCAGACAAUGAUGACCAAUCAGACGAUGAAGAAAGAAAUGUCUCGCCACCCAAGAGAGUAAAGACACAAACCUAUGACGAUAUUGUACAAGCUGUAAAUAGCGAGAUGUCUAAAAAAGACGAUUUUGAUCUUGAUCUAGAGGAAGAGAUUGCUAACUUACCUGAUAAACAUUCUGAUCAUGGUAAUGAUACACUCAAUGAGGAUGACUUACUACUAGAAUUAGAAGAAAUGAUCAACAAUUAGAACWYUUGAUCAACAAUAAGAACAUUCKAUCAACRAUUAGAACCCKUUCAACAAUGAAAAAACACUUGGCAAGUACAUGGGCARRCGUGUAUUAUAUCCGUCCGUCAUACUUUGUACACACAAUCUGUAUUAUUUUCUCGAUGGAAGGUUUGGUUGAAUAGAACAUAUAAAUAGAACAUUUGGUCAGCACCUGGAUUGGCACAUCGAAGACGACUUUGGUCAAGUUUAAGUGCAUGAUUUGGACAUGGAUUACUAAUCAGAGCUUCACUCGAAAAAGAGCUUAACAAUCUCUUAGCCCAGCGUACUAGGCAUCCAUCAACAAUAAGAUUAGAACACUCAAUCGGAAAGUCUUCGAAAACUCAGAACACUUAAAAAAUCAUGGAAAAAGACUCGACAAUCGUGACUCAACGCUACUAAGUCAACAUGUGGAACAAUUCAUGUGAAUAUCAUUGAAAACUACUGAACAUCCUUACAUCCAAUAGUACCAGUCAACAAUUAGAACACUUAAUCAGAGAGACACUGAAAAACACCGAUCUAAUUACAAUCAAUUAGAAGACUUGAUCAGAAUWUUAGAGGAUAGUACCAUAUAGAAUGUACAUAAUUAAUGGAAACUGUAAAUAUUGGAUACUCUUCAUUCAUACUUCAGCUGUAAAAAAAAACGAUCAUCUUUCACGGAAAUUGACUUAAUUGUCUUGAUAAAAAGACGUUGUUGCGUUGAUCAAUAAAAACAAACAAACAGACACUUUAGACGAAAUUAGAGGACUGGGCUGCUUACAUCAAUGGUCAAGAGACUAAGUUGGAARCUACCACAAAUAUAUAUUGAAGAGCAAGUGCGCGAUUGAAUGAUCAGAAUUUAYACAAUUACAAACUAAAGACUAGAACAGGAAUCAGCAACACAAAGCACAGGAGCGUACGCCGGGAGGAAAAAUAACGAAAGCUACACCAACUUUAUUGUAAAAGCUACUGUAUGCCGUUUUGCAUCUAGAAUCAGACGAGCCUGACCUUGAUAUUGCGCAAUGUAUCUACUGAAUUGCGCACAGUCAGUGAUUCAGAAGAUGAGCUCUGUGAAGGGCAGAUGAUGAGAAACAGAUUGAUCUUAAUGCAAGAACUUCAACUCCAGAAGCUCGCUUUGUUCCUGGAACAUCCUCUGUGAGCUGUUAAGAAUACAAACCUUUGAUUCGCGCACUAACACUAGAAUUUGAACUGUCAUGUCUUCGUUAUAAUUGGAUUGAAGAACAAAUUGUUUCAAAGAACUACCUUAAAAAAUAUUGAAUACACAUAUUCAUUUUGUUACAAGUGCCUCGACGAGUAGUUCAGAAUUCUAAGAUAUGGUUCGCACAAUAACACUGGAACCACCAACUGAGCUGUAGGAUCAUUAGAGUGAAGAACUAAAAUCGUAUGGAAACCCACGUCGCUUCAAGAACUGCUUAUUUGAAUGGAUCGAAAUGCAAAUGGUUGAUCACACAAUACACAGACCUAAAGACAGGCUAUGGUUAAAUCAGUAAAAAACUAUGUUAAUAGAGUAAGGACUAUUGGUGAACAGUCUGCGGUUCUUACAGAGAACACUUCCUGGAAUGAUUUCAUUUUAUAUUAAAUGCAGACAUUGAGAACGUUGCUGAUUAUAUUCAUCACUCCAAGUCAAAAAGACAAUAGCCAAACUAUUUUGUAAACUUUCUACAGAUUUCAGUGAUAUGAUACUAGAUGAUGACAGCCUUGGAGCAAUACAUGUAUGAUUCAUCAUCUCUACAUACAUUUAAAGACGUUAGUAACCUCAUCUGUUAAUACUGCAAACUUACAAAGUGGACAAUGCAAAAGCAGUUUUAAAAAGUUAUAAGUAUGAAACUUUCUAAACGUUAAAAAAAGUCGAACUUUAAUUCAAAAUAACCUCUUCAAUCGCUACUUCUCUGAAAAAUCACAUCAGGAACUUAGGAACUUAACUUUAACAGAAGGAAAUGAAAGGGACACUCGACGAAUCUCCACUUUCUAGUCAGAGAAUAUUGCAUAGUUUCUAAACUCUUCAAAUCAAAAACUCUUAUUGAUAAUUUUCAGAUUGUGAUGUCUCUAGUACGGGUCAUAUAUUGUACAAGGUCAWGUGAUCAAAGAAAAUCGCCAAAACCUGACUGUCAGUAUGUUUUAUAUUUUUAUACUGUCUUUUGUAAGAAGGCUUCGUUUAUAUGUGAAAUAAAAGUAAUAAGUUGUUCAUGUCA